AUUCGGAUGUCGACACUUGCCCAACCAAGAGAUAAUACUAACCCAGAUAAUUACCCUUAUCCUUGUAAUCAAGGACUCCCCCAUAACCAUAGUAGAAGGAGCCAAACCGUUCCUCCUGUCUACAAAGAUUCGAAACCUUAUUUUCCUGACUCUCAAUAUCGGAGUUACACGCCAUGUAAUGGCCAGUACGGUGGUGAUUCAGGAGAACUAGAUGCCUUAUACCCUACUAAUUCUUCACCCUAUGAAGCUUACCAAGCAGAGCCAGAGAACUACCGUGCCUUUAGAAUACUUAGAAAAAUGCCAUUACCAACAUCCCCUGAUGAUAUGCAGGGCAAUCCGCCGGAUUAUGUGCCCGCUUCUAGUUAUGCUCAGGACGUUUCUUCUGCUCCACCACAGACCGCCUAUGGUCCAGGAUUUGAUUCUAAUGAAUACCUGUACGAGCCUGCGGCUCCCGCAGGCCCUGAGGACUAUGUUCCUGUCUAUCAUACAAGAAGCAGCUACACUUUACCCUACGACAGGGGCUACGCUUCUCCCCCUCCCCAAACAACAACAUAUUCUUAUGUGCCUCCUGAAUCUGCCCGACCUCUUUUUCGCUCCUCCCCCCAGUACGACGCUUACUCUUACCCCUACUCCGAUUACUCCUCUGUGCCCGCUGCUCCGCUCGUCUACGCUCGCUCCGCCCCCAUCGACCGGCCGUUCCCCUACCCCGCUGUCCGUACCUACAAGCGCGUCGUGCCCGUCCAGACCUGCUACGUCGCCGAGGGCUCCGUCCCCGUGCUCUCUCGCAGCCCCUCCCCGACCGCCGCGGAGUCCUAUCCGCAGCCGCUGCCCGCCGAUCCGCCGACGCAGGAGUACGUCUACCCGCCGGUGUGCGAGGUCCCCAUGGUUGCUGCCCAGCCCAUCCGGAUCGCUCCCGCCCCGCAGCCGCAGCCGCAGCUACAGCAGCCGCAGCAGCCGAUGAUGGUGGCUCCCAUGCAACCGCCGCAGUCGCAGCCACAACCACAGCCACAGCCGCAACCGCAACCGCCACAGCAAUCGAUAGCCCUCCGGUCCGUUCAACCUCAACCCCAACCGCUGCAGCAGCCACAGCCGCAGCCACAGCCGCAGUUACAGCAAUCGAUUCCUUCGUCCAAGCCGAGCCAGGCCUCUUCCAACUCGCUUUCUGUCCCAUCUUCUCGCUCGCAGAACCAGCGAGGCGCGGCCUCCGCAUCCACGUCCACGUCCUCCAGCCGACGAACGCAGCGGCAGCCUCGCAAGUCGCGACCAGGAAGCGCGGCGAGCCCCACGCCGUCGCCGACCUCGCCGUGCGAACCGACGAAGUCGGACGCGUUGAGCCAGCUGUGCUGCAGCCGGGAGCGAUGCCUGCAUCUGCAGAAGGAGCUGGGAACGAAGGGAGCGUCGAUGGUGGACUCGCUCUGCGACAAGCUGGGCGACGAUCUGGAGAACAUGCUCUCGCAUAAGUACGGAAACUACCUCUUCCAGCGACUCGUCGCGGUGGCCACGGACGAGCAGAAACGCCGGAUCAUCGCGUCGACACGCCGCAUGUUCGUCGCGGCAGCGAUGACGCAGCAGGGAACGCGAUCCGUGCAGGCGCUGAUCGAGGCCUGCCGGCAGGAAGACAUGCUGCGAUCCAUCGUGGAGAGCAUCGCGCCGCGCACGAAAGAGCUGUCCGAGGAUGUGAACGGCAACCACGUGAUCGCCCAGCUUAUCAAGGUCACGAUGGACUCGAUCCGCGCGCCCUUGCUGGAAGAGAUUCGCAAGCAUUGUGUGGAGCUUUGUAAAUCGAAAUACGGAUGCUCGGUGGUGAAUAAGUGUCUGGACACGCUGAAGGACAGCGAGUACCGCAUGCUGCUCAUUCACGAAAUCGAGUCGGAUGUCAACGAGAUUAUUUGUCACGAAUACGGCAACUACGUGAUCCAGGUGGGCGUUGCGGUGUGUCUUCCAUGCAGCAUCUCAUCAAGGUGUCUCCGCCCUCGGAGAGCCAGAAGUACUGCCAGUACGUGCUGGGGAACAUCUGCGCCUUCUCGACGGAUAUGUGUUCCAGCAACGUCGUGGAGCUCUCGAUCGAGAGUGGCGACGACGCGACACGCAAGAUGAUCAUCGACGAGAUGCUGUCGAACGGAGACCUGGACAAGAUCAUCCAGAGUCGCUAUGGGAAAUACGUGCUGCACAAGGCGCUGCUGAUGACGACGGGGCCGCUGAAGGAGCGACUGGAGCAAGCGAUCGAGAUGAACACGCGGAGCAUGAGAGCGGACGCGUACGAGGCCCAGUCACUGCCGAACUAUCGCAAGUUCGAGUGCUUUUAGGGAGUUGUUUAGGAGUGUUUGAAUGAAUGAAUGAAUGAAUGAAUGAAUGAUUGAAUGAAUAAAUGAAUGAAUAAAUAAAUGAAUAAUUGAUUGAUUGAGUUUUGUAUAUGAAUAAUUAUUAUUGUUCUGUUAUUUUCAAUAUUUAAGAUAUUACGAUAUUACGAUAUAUUAUUAUACUAUUACAUUAUGGUCCUACAGUUCUAUGUUUGAAUAAUGAUCUUAAUCAAGGUAUACUGAGUGUAUUUGGAAUUCCAAAAAUUGCCUUC